CCAUGAGUAUGCUCAGGCUACAGAAGAGGCUUGCCUCUAGCGUCCUCCGCUGUGGGAAGAAGAAGGUCUGGUUGGACCCCAAUGAGACCAAUGAAAUCGCCAAUGCCAACUCCCGUCAGCAGAUCCGGAAGCUGAUCAAGGAUGGGCUGAUCAUCCGAAAGCCUGUGACUGUACAUUCCCGGGCUCGAUGCCGGAAAAACACUUUGGCUCGACGGAAGGGCAGGCAUAUGGGCAUAGGGAAGCGGAAGGGUACUGCCAACGCUCGGAUGCCUGAGAAGGUGACCUGGAUGAGAAGGAUGCGGAUCCUGCGCCGACUUCUCAGGAGAUACCGUGAAUCCAAGAAGAUUGACCGCCAUAUGUAUCACAGCCUGCAUCUUUUUAAAUUCUACAGGUUGAAAAACUUAGCUUGUAAAUGA